AUGGGUAAGGCAGUUCCAAUAACAGAAGAAAAGGAUUUUAGGGCUAUUUUCUCUUCAAAAGAAAAUGCAAUUAUUUAUUUUACAGCAACCUGGUGUGGCCCUUGUAAAAUGGUUUCUCCACAAUUUGGAAAAUUGUCCAAUUUGAAUUCAAAGUUCAAAUUUUACAAACUGGAUAAUGAUGAAAUGUUGGACAUUUUCAGAGAAUGUAAAGUCACUUCCAUUCCAUAUUUCAAAAAAGUGGUGGCAGGAGAAAUUGUUGAUGAUUUGCUUACUGUAGAUCCAGAUAUUCUUUCAAAUUGGGUUUUAAAAGAAUGA